AUGAAAGCUUCGACUACAUGGAUCUUCCUGUUCAUGCUCACCGCACUACUCGUAAACGGUAUGGUCGAGCGUAGCGCCAAGGUGGUAGCCGUAUCUUGGCCGAAACAAUGGGUCCUACCCGCUUUUCUAGGCCCGCCUCCGGGCGAGGGUGAUUUUUUUACACGCCGAGCAACGGCUCUAUAUAUCUGGAAAGAUCAGCUCAUUCGGUUUUAUCCUCAUCAGGAUUCCAACUGGCUCGUGUUCAAUGACAUGGACUGUGAGGUCCUCAUCACUGCCCACUUCAAAAACCCCGAUGGACAUCAAUCAAAAACCGACUUCAUUCUCGCAAGCAAAGUCAACAAUCAUCUCCACAUACCCUACACUACAGAGCUGAUAAUCGAUGUUGUUUCCGUGGGUGGCGUAUAG